CACUUUUGUCUCUAUUUUAUCCUGUUUUAUCCUGUGACGGCCAAUGGGUUGGUCAUCUUCUCAAGAAACAACAGUUUUUCCCAGGGAUAAGAGGAAACAGUGUUGAGGCAUGAGCACUAGAAAUUAGCAAAGGGGCCAGAAGAAAUGGAAGGAAAAUUAUCUGCAGUAGCAAAGAGCUUAAAACCUUCACCAAUACAAGAAUUGUCAUUACUAGCUCAGAGAUGCAAUGCCAUCAACCUUGCUGAAGGCUUCCCUGAUUUUCCUGCUCCUCUGCGUAUUAAACAUGCUGCCAUUCAGGCCAUUAACUCUGAUUUUAAUCAGUACGCGCACGUCCAGGGAAUUUGUGACCAUGUGGCUAACAAAAUGAAGCACAUUCACGGUUUAGAUGUUGAUCCAGCCACGGAUAUAGUUAUUUGUUGUGGUCAGACUGAGGCGUUUGCUGCAACAAUGUUUGCAAUAAUUAAUCCGGGUGAUGAAGUAAUAUUGUUUGAUCCUUCAUUUGAAACAUAUGACACAUGUAUAACUAUGGCAGGAGGAGUGCCGGUCUAUGUCUCCCUCGAGCCACCUUGCUGGACACUAGACGCGGACAAACUCAUGAAGUCUUUUACUUCCAGGACAAAGGCUAUAGUAUUGAACAGUCCUCACAACCCGACUGGAAAAGUUUUCACUCAGGAUGAGCUAGAGAUUAUUGCUGGAGCCUGCAGAACAUGGGAUUCCCUAGCUGUAACAGAUGAAGUAUAUGAGCAUAUUAUUUAUGAUAACGAGAAGCACAUAUCUCUUGCGAAACUUCCUGGAAUGCAAAGGCGAACCAUCAUUACAUCUUCUUUGUCAAAAACUUUUAGCGUCACUGGCUGGAGAAUUGGAUGGGCAAUUGCUCCCUCUUGCAUUGCUUCUGCAAUCAGAAAUAUCCAUGUAAAACUUACGGAUUCAGCUCCAGCACCUUUUCAGGAAGCUGCUUUGACAGCUUUAACAAGUUCUCCAGAGUACUUUGAAACACUGAAAAAUGAUUACCUGAAGAAAAGAGAUUUCAUUGUAGAGUUGCUUGAAAGUGUUGGCUUCGACUUUAAAUUCAAGCCAAAGGGUUCAUUUUUUUUAUUUGUGAAGCUUCCUGAUAGUUGCACCCUUUCAGAUGUCGAAUUCGUGGAGAAACUGAUCAAACAAGCAGGAGUGGUUGCUGUUCCGGGCCGUGGAUUCUUUCAUCAAGUUGCAGAGAAAUCGCAGACAGCAGUUUGCUAUCAAGACAGGUACAUCAGGUUUGCUUAUUGCAAGAGCAAUGCCACUUUGAAUGCAGCUGCACAAAAAAUCAAACGGCUUUUUAAUAAGGGGUUCAGUGCUGACUGCUGAGUUGACCUGUUUUGGUUUUUUUUGGUUUUUUUUUCUUAUAUAUAAAUGCAUAGAGCAGUAAACAGGAUUGGUGAUCUGGUAUGAUGUAUCAUGUAAAUUGUAAAAAGAGUUUCCUAGAAUCAGAAUCAUGCAAUUUAGUGCUAAAUCGACCGAGUCAUGAACUUGUGAGAAGUUCACAAACAAACAUAUAAAAGCUUUUCAUAUCAAUAUAUCUCAUCUUAGAUAGA